AUGGUGGCUUGGAGUGACACAAAAGGAACUGUGCUAAGUGCGAAGGUUCCCACUGGCCUUGAUGACGGAAGGCUCGGCUUUUGUGUCUCCAUGCUUUCCGUCUUUGCUCUGCUUCUGUUUUGCCUUACUGUCCUUUCCAACCUGGUCUUUGUAUCACAGCGUCUGGAGGAUGCUUCCCAGGUAGCUGUUCAACUGCAGGAGCACAGGCAGCAGAAAACCAGAGAGAUGAAAGAGCAAUUGAGGAAUUUCCUGGGUAGCCCAAAGGAGACCUCCGACAACCCCAGCCCACCCCAGAGUGAAGGUUCCCUGCUUGAAAAAGAAGAGAAGGAGAGAAUAGGGAAAGAGAAGUGGAAAGGUUUCCAUGCAGCUCAGUUUUCAGAGCUGGAGAACUCUUACAGGGGCCGAAUAUUGGAGGAAAAAGCAAAACUGCAUGAUCAGCUGGAAAGGGGAGAAAUCCAGAAAUGGUCCAAGGAGAAACUGAUGAGAGAGCAUGAAGAGACAGUGACCUUCCUGCGCAAGGCAUUUCAACAAGAUGUACGCAAGCUUAAGUGGAGGAUGGAGAAAGAGCAAAAAGGAAAAUACUCCAGUCGACAAGAUGGAAAUCCCUCAGUGUCUGAGGCCGUCUCCUCACAAAACCAACCUGGCCUGGCUGAGGAGGAGAGAAUUCGAUCCUUCUUGGCGGAAAAUAUCAGGAUCCUAAAACAAAUUGAACUGCUGGUGACGGUGCGAAUUGUCCUCCUGAAUCCUUGGAUUAGACCUCGUCUCCCUGAUGCCAAGGAUGCUGGUGGGAUGCUGUCUUCCCAGCUCCUUGCUCUCCUGAAAGAUGUGAAUUGCCAGAUGCAGAAGUGUGCAGCAGCAGUUGGACUACUCGACGUCCGUCCUCCGGGAGAGGAGGCAGCAAACUCUUUCCAGGAUAUAAUGGACAUUCAGAUGAUUCCAAAAUCGGGGCAGCUCGAACCUCUGCAUGCAUCAAGUCUUUCUGCAAGGGAAUUUGUAAUUUAUCAAUAUGGCAUCAUUGUUCUGCAAUUCCUCAGGCCGCAUGUUGGUGGCCCGGAGAUUGAGCUGUGCAUAGCCUCCAGUAUCCCUCCCAGUGGCGCGCCAGGGAACGCCUUCCGAAACUCUUUCUAUUAUCAGAAUCCUGGGCACAAGCUCUUCAUUUCAAGGGAGGCCCUGCGCUGUGUGGGAAGCUUCCUGCUGCUCGUGGUCCACAGCCUGGCCCAUAUCACAGCAGGCGAUCUCAGCCACGAUUCCAGCCCUGCUUUUCGGAGGCUCUUCCACCAGGCACUCAAGACCUGCCUGGGUGAAAUGUUCUCCCUCAGGCUGCAGUCAGCAGCGAUGCUGGAGGGCAGCAAGUCUGCUGUGAAGAUGAUUAAUGAGGCUUUCCUGAAGAGAGAGGCAAUCGCAGACGAGCAGAUCAAUCUCUUCUCCGGGCUUUCUGAUGCCAAGGCGAAGCCUUCCACAGACACGGAGAAGAACACCCAAGACCUGAAGCAGCACUUGGGCCUCUUGCUGGAUGCGCCAUUGCUCAGAAGCAACCUGUCUCCCGAGAAAAAGGAACAUUCUUCGCACCUCGACUCGGACAUUCACGAAACUGUCCCGGCAGGGAGGUGAGCUGUACACAAUGUCAGGCUGGUUCAGCUGUCUUUCAUGUGGUCCCUCCCCCUUGAACCUGCUUGGAUCCAGUCUGGCACAGGUAAGCUGAAGGACAAGCCAAGGCGGAGCUGCACGGCUUCAGCCUUGGCCUGUGGGAGAAGGUGCAGGGCAGGCGAAGCUGCUCCUUCAGUGGGGGAAUCUCACAAUGACACACACAGAAAGCGGGGAGACAAAGAGAGAAGCCAGUUCCUAGCAGAUGCACUCUGUGUUACCAAAUCACGCCAUGGGUGCAUUUCUGUAUAGGAGAGACCUGGGAAGAUACUUUUCCAAUGCAUCUGAAGAAAGCUAAGUGGCCCCUAGGAAGUAAAAGGGUUUUUGUUCCCCUAAAUGAUGACUUAGGCAAUUACCAGUCGCCUGGUAAUUGCUCU